AGCUCCCUUAUUUUGCAGCAAUGCGACGCUUUGGUGCGUUUGGCAGCUUAUCCGCCUCACGGUGUGGUGCUGCCGCCGCCGCCAGUGGCCCUGCGCUCCGCAGUCACCUCCAUCAAGGCCCGUCGACUGCACCCUCAAGCACGGCGGAGCCCGCCGUCGCCUCUUCUUCCUCACCCGCCACAUCGCCGACACCGCCCCUCACUGAGGACUACAGGGCGCUGCUGCUGGACUUGCUGCUCUACCGGCAAGAAACUGUAGGGCCUCUGCUCACCGCACUGAGGCGAGAACGAGAAGAACUGGAGGCGAAAAUGACGCAGCUGGAAGCGCACAUACGCGAACUGCGUCAAGUACGUGAUGAACUGCGGCUGCUCUCGGAGAAAGAGAUCGGCAGAGAAAAUCGGCAACUGCACGGAGCCAUCAUGAAGGCGGUGGCCCCUCCUCGCGCUGGCGAUGAGGCGCCGUUGUCCUCAUCGCGACAAGCAAGUCCUGAUGAAAUUGUUUUGUAG